UUGUAUUAUAAAAAAUACGUACCAGAACUAGUUUCACGGUUGUUAUCGAUAAGUUACAGUGCAUUUUCUCUAACAGAAAAUAUGAUGAAACCUUACGCUGGAACUCAUAAUAAGGGAUCAAAAGAGCGCCUGUUUAAUUACCGCCUUUCACGAGCCCGAAGGAUUGUUGAAAAUGUCUUUGGCAUUAUGUCUGCGGUGUUUAGAGUACUAAGAAAACUUAUGCUUUUACAACCAGAUACGGUAACCAACAUUGUGAUGACCAGUGCAUUGCUACACAACUUUUUAAGACGGUCUAAAAGGUCUAGACUUAUAUAUAGCCCUAUUGGAUCCUUUGAUACUGAGAAAGAUGGCGAGAUUCAGCCCGGUUCUUGGCGCGACGACCAAAGCGGAGUUACUUCCUUACUGCCUCUGCAAAAUCGUCCAAGAAGAACACUUCUUUCCGCCAAGGAUAUAAGAGACCAAUUUGCAGAAUAUUUUAUAACGAACGGUGCCGUUGCAUGGCAAAAUAAUUAUUAA